AUGAGUACCACCACUACCGUCACCGAGCCGCCGAGAAUCACGGCUGAGAACGUCGCGACUCUCUUCCCCGAGGUUGACACUUCUCUUGCGCGGGAGGUGCUCCCCACUGCGACAAGCAAUGCUUCCGCCCCGGGCGACGAGCUUGCCGGUUACGAUGAGGAACAGGUCCGCCUGAUGGAAGAGGUGUGCAUUGUGCUGGAUGACGAUGACAAGCCGAUUGGCAGUGCCAGCAAGAAGGCCUGCCACUUGAUGACCAACAUUGAUCGCGGCCUCCUCCACCGUGCCUUCUCCGUUUUCCUCUUCGACUCUAACAAGCGCCUGCUGCUUCAACAACGUGCGACCGAGAAGAUCACCUUCCCCGACAUGUGGACGAACACCUGCUGCUCCCACCCCCUGGGCAUCCCCGGAGAGACGGGCUCGCAGCUCGAUGCGGCCGUGCUGGGUGUGAAGCGCGCGGCGCAGCGCAAGCUGGAACACGAGCUGGGUAUCAAGCCAGAGCAGGUGCCGCUGGACAAGUUCGAGUUCUUCACCCGCAUCCACUACAAGGCGCCCAGUGAUGGCAAGUGGGGAGAGCACGAGAUUGACUACAUUCUGUUCAUCCAGGCGGACGUCGACUUGAACGUGAACCCCAACGAAGUGCGCGACACGCGGUAUGUGUCGGCGGACGAGCUGAAGCAGAUGUUCGAGCAACCAGGACUGAAGUUCACGCCGUGGUUCAAGCUGAUCUGCAACUCGAUGCUAUUCGAAUGGUGGAGCCACCUGGGCUCAGCGUCGCUAGAGGGAUACAAGAACGAGCAGCAGAUCCGGCGGAUGUAA